UUGGACUGAACACGCGGGAAGCCUUAGAUGUCCUUUGGUAGCUUACAGCCAUAUAAAUAAGCUUGGAGACUUUGUAUGUUAUGUUCAUCUUCUUUAUAGUUCUUUAAUAAGCUAAGUUUAACUAUAAACAGAGAAAAAAAUGUACAAGUCAAAGCUGCAGGAGCUUUGCCACAAGAAUCAAUGGGGUUUACCAAAGUACAUAACCCUAGUUCGUCAAUGGCAUUUCUUUGGAGAUAUGGGCCAGGCCACAACCCUCUCUUUGGAGCCUCUGUUUCAGUCAAUGGCAUUUCUUUUGACUCCCUCAUCGUCUCCAAAUCAAACAAACAAGCCCAUAACCAUGCCGCCAUGCUUGCUUUUCUCCACUUCACUUCUCCUCCUUCUCCUGUUGAAGAAAGUGGCCAGAAUCUUGAUAUUCACUCAAAUGUUUCUUGGUUGAAAAGUGAUUCUUCAACACCAAUCAAAACCAACAAGACAGGAAUGAAUGUUGAAGAAACGUCUAAGAGUCUCGAGAUGCAGUCAGAUGCUUUGGGCAUCAGUGAUGGUGAAUCUACUCCCAAAUCAACUUGGAGCUCUGGUGUGGCCUAUGACUUGGUGCAGAGUCUCAAACACCAAUGCAUUUUGGUUCCACAUCAACCUCAGACUUAUGUUGAAGCUAAAGAGAAGUUUGAUACAUCAGCAGAAUCAGAAGAAACCAUUGUAAGCACAAUGGAAGUGGACAACUCAUACCCUGCAAUAACAUCUCAUAUGAUAAAUUUGAAUGAAGCUGAGAAAGUCUCUGCUGUUUCUUCUCAUUCAGUAACAAACUUGAUGAGCAGUGAUGUGAAGAGUUACUUACUUUGCAAUAAGGUGAGAGUGUACUCACAGUUGCCCAAUCAUCCAUUCCCAGAGGACAUUACUGUGCUCCCCAUUAGAGAAGACAAGUGGGUGGCUGUCAGCUUGGAGUUCCCAAAUGAAAAUAAUUGAAAAAUUCCUUCACCCCAUUAUCGAGACACAAAUGUAUUCCCUUAAAAAAUUGAUGCCCAUGUAAUGUUUUUUUUAUAUUACAACUCUUUUAAGUUAAAAGACUUGGUUUUUAUGUAAAAAAGAAAAAUAUUGGCUCUUUACAAAUGAGUUAGUAGUAAUCUUUUAUAAAAAUAUAUAAAAGCAUAUAUAUUUAAGAGUUUUAUGGGUUUUGGGGAAUGGGUGGGUGGCUCUCCCUUGUGCCUAAUUUUAUUUAAGUGAUACUACUGACGACGAAAGGGUUGUUUAGUCGGUAAAAGUAGUGUAUGGUAUCGAUGCAAUUAUCAUUUCCCACUCAAAACCCUAUUGGUCUAUUCUUCAAUCUUGUUAAUGGGUAUGAUUUAGUACGUGUUAAAGCUUGAGGGGCAAAAAUCCUAAUCAGCCUAAUUAUUAAAGGUAUAUUACAAAUUUUAUUUUUUUAAAAAAAAAAGCAGAAAAA